CCGAGACGAUAGUAAGAGUUGGGAGCCAUGGGAGGAGGGGAGAGAGCUAGACGUGAGGCGCCGGCGGCGCGCGUGCCGCUGUACCGGUUGUUCGCAUUCGCGGACAGGACGGACGUGGCGCUGAUGGCGGUGGGCACGGUGGCCGCGGUGGCCAACGGGAUGGCGCGGCCGGUCAUGACCCACAUCUUCGGCGACGUCGUCAACGCCUUCAGCUCCGCCGGCUUUUCGCCGGACUCAGACGUGCUGCACAGGGUCAGCAAGAUCAUCAUUAACUUUGUUUAUCUGGGUAUUGGAGCAGGACUUGUUUCAGCACUUCAGGUGUCAUGUUGGACAAUUACUGGAGAAAGACAGGCAGCACGAAUCAGAGCUCAGUAUCUCAAGGCGAUCCUUAGACAGAACAUUGCAUUUUUCGACAAGGAAAUGAGCACGGGACAAGUUGUUGAGAGGAUGUGUGGAGACACAUUCCUCAUUCAAGAUGCCAUUGGAGAAAAGAUUGGCAAGUACAUACAGCUCCUGUCUACUUUUUUUGGAGGCUUCAUUAUUGCAUUUGUGAGAGGAUGGCUCUUGACACUUGUUAUGCUCUCAAGCAUUCCUCCAGUAGUUGUGGCCGGUUUUAUUGUAUCAAGGAUACAGACGAAUCUCUCUACCCAAAUGCAAGCAAAUUAUGGUGAUGCUGCAGACAUUGUUGAGAAAACUAUUGGGACCAUUAGAACGGUUGUUUCAUUCAAUGGUGAGAAUCAAGCUAUAACUACAUAUAAUAAGUUCGUAAGAAAUGCAUAUGAAUGUGCUCUACGAGAAGGUGCUGUCGUUGGGCUUGGACUAGGUCCAGUAACGGGAACCUUGUUUUGCACUUAUGGGUUGGCAGUUUGGUAUGGAGCUAAACUGAUAGUCGACGGAGGAUAUAAUGGUGGCAUUAUUAUUAAUGUUAUGUUGGCUGUCUUCUCUGGUGCACUGUCCUUAAGUCUAGCAACAUCAUCAAUAACUGCUUUUGCAGGAGGGCAAGGAGCAGCAUAUAGAAUCUUCAAGACAAUAGAAAGAGAACCAGAUAUUGAUGUAUAUGACAAAAAAGGUAUCAUACUGGAAGACAUUAAGGGUGAUGUUGAACUUAAGGAUGUGUAUCUCAGCUAUCCUACCAGGCCUGAUCAUUUGGUAUUGAAUGGAUUCUCCUUACGAGUACGAAGCGGCACAACAAUGGCCCUAGUUGGAGGGAGCGGCGGUGGGAAAUCAACUGUAGUCAGUUUGGUGGAGAGAUUCUACGAUCCACUGUCUGGGGAAGUCUUGAUCGAUGGAGUUGACAUUAGAAGAAUGAAUCUUGGGUGGAUAAGAGGAAACAUUGGUCUUGUCAGCCAAGAACCAGUGUUGUUUUCAAGUACGAUCAGGGAAAAUAUUGCCUACGGGAAGGAUGGUCUUACUCUUGCUGAGAUCAAAAGAGCAAUCGAGUUUGCAAACGCGGAAAACUUCAUUGCUAAAUUGCCAAAUGUACAAUGCAUAAUUAAAACAUCAAUAAUAUUAAUUCUGUUGCUAUCUCGCACGUUGUUACUUAGAACUAUAUAUUUUGAAACAUUGCAGGGUCUCGAGACAAUGGUUGGGGAACGUGGAACUCAACUAUCUGGAGGGCAGAAGCAAAGAAUUGCAAUUGCUAGAGCAAUUAUUAAAAACCCUAGAAUAUUGUUACUUGAUGAAGCAACCAGCGCAUUGGAUAUGGAAUCUGAGAGGAUUGUUCAAGAUGCUUUGGACAUCAUAAUGCUAGAAAGGACUACAAUCAUCGUCGCACAUCGUUUAAGCACAAUAAAGAAUGCUGAUGUCAUAUGCGUCCUACAACAUGGGAAUAUUGUGGAACAAGGUAUUCCCUCCAUUUUUAUAUACAAGGCCACAGACUCAGAUUACAAGUAUCAAUGUGUUCACAUGUACAACUGUGGAGCAUUAGGUGCUAAGCUAUCGACUGAUGCUCAAAAUGUGAAGCGACUUGUUGGAGACAAUUUAGCACUUAAUAUCCAGACUGUAUCAACCAUCAUGUCAGGAUUCACAAUAGCUAUGAUGGCAAACUGGAAGUUGGCUUUGAUUAUCACUGUGGUGAUUCCUUUUUUUGGUUUCCAAACCUAUGCUCAAACAAAGUUCCUGCAAGGUCGCCAUAAAAAUGCAAAGUUAAAGUAUGAGGAAGCAAGCCAAGUAGCGUGUGAUGCGGUUGGAGGCAUCAGAACUGUGGCUUCCCUUUGUGCUGAGCAGAAGGUGAUGGAUGCCUAUGAGAAGAAAUGUGAAUCUCCGACUAGACAAGGAAUGAGGGAAGGUGUUGUUGGUGGCAUGGGCUUUGGCUUCACAUUCCUUGUAUUCUACCUUGCAUACGCUCUCUGCUUCUACGUUGGUGCAAAGUUUGUUCAGGAAGGAACAGCAACAUUUCCUGAAGUUAACGGAUUCGUUGGUUACUUUCAGGUGUUCUUUGUAUUAGUUUUGGCUUCUGGUUCGAUCUCACGAGGUAGCGCAUCAGGUGCGGAUGGCGCCAAGGCUAAUGCAUCGGCCAUCUCUUUAUUUGAAAUUCUUGACCGUAAAUCCAAGAUAGAUUCCAGCAGUGAGGAGGGUAUGGUGAUUGCAAGUGCGAGGGGCGACAUUGAGUUCCAGAAUACGGCUGCCCUUGUUGGAGAGAGUGGUGGUGGCAAGUCCACUGCAAUCGCGCUCCUCGAGAGGUUCUACGACCCAACUUCAGGAAAGAUCCUUUUUGACUCUGUGGAGCUUGGGACCCUUAAAGUUAGCUGGCUUCGGCAGCAGAUCGGGCUUGUGGCGCAAGAGCCAGUGCUGUUCAACGACACCAUCCGCGCCAAUAUAGCCUAUGGAAAGCAGGGGGAGGCAUCUGAAGAAGAGAUCGUCGCCGCUGCCGAAGCUGCCAACGCACACCGUUUCAUCUCCGGGCUGCCUGACGGCUACGACACAGUAGUCGGCGAGAGGGGGAUCCAGCUAUCAGGUGGGCAGAAGCAGCGCGUCGCCAUCGCGAGGGCCGUCGUCAAGGACCCCAAGGUGCUCCUCCUAGACGAGGCGACAAGCUCUUUGGAUGCGGAGUCGGAGCGUGUGGUGCAGGAGGCGCUGGACCGGGUGAUGGUUGGGAGGACGACCUUGGUGGUGGCACAUCGCCUGUUGACGGUAAGAGGUGCCGACAUCAUUUGCAUGGUCCAGAGCGGGACGAUCACGGAGAAAGGGAGGCAUGACCAACUGAUGCAGAUAAAGGAUGGAGCCUACGCUUCCCUUGUCGAGCUUAGCUACGCGGAGAAAGGAGGCAUAUGACUAUGACACUCAUCUUUCUCCCCCAAAACUCCCAUGGAAACGCAAGAACAAAUUCUUUAUGAGUUAGAACCAGCAACUCACUCUUGUGGAAACGUACGUAAGCUUAUGUGUAAAUUUUCAUACCUUCAGUUUUUCGGGCUGCACGCAGAAAGUUCAGAAAUGUUGCUUUCUUAGUUUCAUUGAUGGUCACAGAAUUUUACUUUUUUUUCUUCUCCAACACACACAAUAAUGUGGAGUGAAUUAAAAAAACAUCGACAUUAAAAACUAGGAUUGCAGAAACCACAGUUCUACAGAAUUGUGCCAAAACCACUAAUGCUGCGAUUUUAUUUUUAUUUUUUAUUUGCAAAAAAACUAGUUGACGGCUUUGAACGUUUUGAUGAAAAUUAUGGCUGAUAGGUCCCGCAAAUGAUGAUGUGGCAUAACUGUUCACGCUUGACGUCGUUAGAGAUACUUUUUUUUAACCAAAAAAUCCCUCUCUUCUUCAGAAUAGAAAAAACAUGUGUGGUCAAAUAAAAAAAAACACCCACACCCCUGCGUGUAGGACGUCCCGACCUUACCUCCACCGCCGGCCUCCCCAUGCCAUCCCGACGCCGCGCUCCCUCCCCGGGAUGCCCUCCGCCGUGCCCCACGCCGGAUCCGGGCACAUCGGCCUCCAGCGCCCCCGUCCGGCACCGGAUCCGGCGGGAAUGUUGCAGCACGGCCCGGAUCUGCCUCCACCGCCCCCGCCCUGCAGCAUGGCAGCCUCGCCGCUGCUCGUGCCCGUGGGCGGCCGGCACAGCUGCUGCUCGCGCUCGUGCGCGGCCACCGCGGCUGCUGCUCGCGCCCGUGCGCCCAUGCAGCAUAUGACGGGUCGGCAGGGAUGCGCACCGCAGAGCUCCGCCGCUACCCGCGCCCGUGUGCGGCUGUUGCACGGGCCUAUGCUCUCGUGCAGCAUAUGGCUGGUCAGAUGGGAGGCGCACAACAUAGCUCCGCCGCCGCCCCAUGUCGUGCCCUCCGCCGCCCCCGCCUGGCACCAGCGCUGGGGAAAGCAGCAGCUGCUCCGGUGUCCGGCUCUCCUAGCAGCUUUGCUCCCGCAAAAGCUGCUGUUGCCGGUGCUUCGGCGCCCGUGGCAGCUGCUGCUCCGGUGUGGAAGGGGCAGCGCUAAGGGAAGGCCAUGGCACGUGACCGGAGAGAAGAGACGAGGAGGAGGAGGAUGCUAGAUUUUUAUGUUUUUGUGACACUUAAUAUGAGAAGGAGGGAGUAUCUAGCACUAAAGCAUUUGUAGAUACAUCCGAUUCAGCCACAAUUAAGAUGGAUUGGGGGAGUAUAUUGUUCAAACCAA